AUGUCAGGGGCACUUGGCCGCGGCUCGUACCGCUCUGUUGUGGCGGGGACGCAAAAUGCACCGCGACGGUUGACGUUCUACCCCUGCACGUACGAGCUGAUCCAGCUCCACAAGGCACAUCGAGAGGUGAUGCGCCACUUCUUGGUGCGGGACAAAAUAUUCGACAACAAAUUUCCCGGAACGGCGCUCGCUAACGGUCUGUUCAAAUUUGUUCCUAAUCGGCGUGAGAAUUAUCACAUGCGAGAGGUAAUGGAGUCAAUCCGCCGCCGUGCGAUAUGGAUGAGUCGCAUUCAGCGGCAGCGAGCCCUCAAUGCGAAAGUGGAAGAAGCCUUAGAAAAACAACAUGGUAAGGAGGCAGCAAUGGCCAUGCUCUCCUUCACCACGCCCGACUCAGACGCUUAUUUCAAUCCGCAGCGGUACCAAGGUGUUGCUAAUGCUUGGCCCAACUACUGGCAGCACCCUAGCGCCUCUCACGUGGUGCCGAAGCCGCGUUGGUGUCGCGUUCCGGAGCUGGGGGGUAUUACCCGUGUGCAGGAUCCACUGACGGAGCAGGCCAACGACUACUAG